UCAUAAUGCUCUUCUGCUUUGUACUAGCUUCUUCAGCUUCUUCUUCCUUAGAUUCAAAAUCUCUUCUUCUUAGUUUCUGAUUUCAGUUUGAGAUCUACUCUUUGAUUUUUUUCUCUCGUGAUUUUUGUGGUUCACUGCUAAUUGUGAACCGAGAAUGGUGAAAUCAGCAGCUUGUUCUUCUUCUCCGGUGACUAUAACGGUGACACCAUGUAAAGGAUCCGGCGACAGAAGCUUAGGAUUGACGAGUCCUAUCCCACGCGCCUCCGUCAUCAACAAUAACCAAAACUCUCCUCUAAGCUCAAGAGCUACACGUCGUACUUCGAUUAGCGGUGGAAAUCGGAGAUCUAGUGGUGGUGAAGGAAGAUACUGUUCUAUGUCUGUGGAAGAUCUAACGGCGGAGACCACUAAUUCCGAGUGCGUUCUGAGCUAUACUGUUCAUAUUCCACCUACGCCGGAUCAUCAGACGGUGUUCGCUUCACAAGAGAGUGGUAUGGGUGAAGAAGAUGAGAUGCUAAAAGGGAACUCGAAUAACAAAAGUUUCCUCUCCGGGACGAUUUUCACCGGUGGGUUUAAAUCGGUGACUCGUGGUCAUGUAAUUGAUUGCUCUAUGGAUCGAGCUGAUCCGGAGAAGAAAUCAGGUCAGAUCUGUUGGUUAAAAGGUUGUGAUGAGAAAGUUGUUCAUGGGAGAUGUGAGUGUGGUUUCAAAAUCUGUAGAGAUUGUUACUUUGAUUGUAUCACAAGUGGUGGAGGCAAUUGUCCUGGUUGCAAAGAGCCUUACAGGGAUGUCAACGAUGAUCCUGAGACUGAGGAAGAAGACGAAGAAGAUGAGGCGAAACCGCUUCCUCAGAUGGGUGAAUCAAAGCUUGACAAGAGGCUUUCGGUUGUGAAGUCGUUUAAAGCGCAGAAUCAAGCUGGUGACUUUGAUCACACUCGGUGGUUGUUUGAGACUAAAGGUACUUAUGGGUAUGGGAACGCUGUUUGGCCUAAAGAUGGGUAUGGAAUCGGGUCGGGUGGUGGUGGUAACGGGUAUGAAACGCCACCGGAGUUUGGGGAAAGAAGCAAGAGACCUCUUACUAGGAAAGUCAGUGUCUCUGCUGCAAUUAUCAGUCCUUACAGAUUACUCAUUGCACUGCGUUUGGUGGCUCUUGGUCUGUUCCUGACAUGGAGGGUUCGCCACCCAAACCGAGAAGCAAUGUGGUUGUGGGGAAUGUCAACGACCUGUGAACUUUGGUUUGCCUUGUCUUGGCUUUUGGAUCAGCUUCCAAAACUCUGUCCGGUUAACAGAUUAAGUGAUUUAGGUGUUCUUAAAGAACGCUUUGAAUCUCCUAACCUCAGGAACCCCAAAGGAAGAUCUGAUCUUCCGGGUAUCGAUGUGUUUGUCUCAACUGCAGACCCUGAGAAAGAACCGCCUCUGGUCACAGCCAACACCAUUCUUUCGAUCCUAGCUGUUGAUUACCCUGUGGAGAAACUUGCUUGCUACUUAUCAGACGAUGGAGGAGCUUUGCUAACAUUCGAAGCCUUGGCUCAAACAGCCAGCUUUGCAAGUACAUGGGUGCCAUUUUGCAGGAAACACAAUAUAGAGCCAAGGAACCCUGAGGCCUACUUUGGACAGAAGCGUAACUUUCUCAAGAACAAAGUGAGGCUGGAUUUUGUGAGGGAAAGGAGGAGAGUGAAGAGAGAGUAUGAUGAGUUUAAGGUCAGAAUCAACUCAUUGCCUGAGGCGAUAAGGAGAAGGUCUGAUGCUUAUAACGUGCACGAAGAGCUAAGGGCUAAGAAGAAACAGAUGGAAAUGAUGAUGGGAAACAAUCCUCAAGAAACUGUUAAAGUUCCAAAGGCCACUUGGAUGUCAGAUGGUUCUCACUGGCCAGGGACUUGGUCCUCUGGAGAAUCCGAUAACUCUCGAGGAGAUCAUGCUGGAAUCAUUCAGGCAAUGUUGGCUCCUCCAAAUGCAGAACCAGUUUAUGGAGCAGAAGCAGAUGCUGAGAACUUAAUUGAUACAACAGACGUUGACAUCAGGCUACCAAUGCUAGUUUAUGUGUCCAGAGAGAAGCGGCCGGGUUAUGAUCACAACAAGAAAGCAGGAGCCAUGAAUGCUUUGGUUAGAACCAGCGCAAUAAUGUCUAAUGGCCCAUUCAUCCUCAAUCUUGAUUGUGACCACUACAUCUACAACUCUAUGGCUUUGAGAGAAGGAAUGUGCUUCAUGCUUGAUCGUGGUGGCGAUAGAAUCUGCUAUGUUCAGUUCCCUCAGAGGUUUGAAGGUAUUGACCCAAAUGAUCGUUAUGCAAACCACAACACUGUCUUCUUUGAUGUUAGUAUGAGAGCUUUGGAUGGACUUCAAGGUCCAAUGUAUGUGGGAACUGGCUGUAUCUUCCGAAGAACAGCUCUCUACGGGUUUAGUCCGCCGAGAGCAACUGAACAUCAUGGCUGGCUUGGAAGAAGAAAGGUCAAGAUAUCGCUGAGGAAAUCAAAAGCCGUGAUGAAGAAAGACGAUGAAGUUUCUUUGCCUAUAAAUGGAGAAUACAACGAAGAAGAGAAUGAUGAUGGAGAUAUUGAAUCUCUGCUUCUCCCAAAGAGAUUUGGUAACUCAAACUCUUUCGUUGCUUCAAUCCCGGUUGCUGAAUACCAAGGGAGACUCUUACAAGACUUGCAAGGCAAAGGCAAGAACAGUAGGCCAGCUGGGUCACUUGCUGUCCCACGUGAACCACUUGAUGCAGCCACUGUAGCUGAAGCAAUCAGUGUGAUAUCUUGCUUCUAUGAGGACAAAACUGAGUGGGGUAAAAGAGUUGGAUGGAUCUAUGGUUCAGUGACCGAAGAUGUAGUCACGGGAUAUCGAAUGCACAACAGAGGAUGGAGAUCAAUCUACUGCGUGACGAAGCGAGAUGCUUUCCGUGGAACAGCUCCAAUCAAUCUAACGGAUAGGCUUCACCAGGUUCUGAGAUGGGCAACAGGAUCUGUUGAGAUCUUUUUCUCUAGGAACAAUGCGAUCUUCGCAACCAGAAGGAUGAAGUUUUUGCAGAGAGUGGCUUACUUCAAUGUUGGAAUGUAUCCAUUCACAUCGCUUUUCCUCAUCGUCUACUGCAUUCUCCCUGCGGUUUCGCUCUUCUCGGGUCAAUUCAUAGUCCAAUCACUGAAUAUAACGUUCUUGAUCUAUCUCCUCUCGAUAACACUCACGCUCUGUAUGUUAUCACUCCUUGAGAUCAAAUGGUCAGGCAUAACUCUCCAUGAAUGGUGGAGAAAUGAGCAGUUCUGGGUAAUUGGAGGUACAAGCGCACACCCUGCAGCUGUUCUUCAAGGUCUUCUCAAGGUAAUUGCAGGAGUCGAUAUCUCGUUUACCUUGACUUCCAAGUCAUCUACACCAGAAGAAGGAGAGGAUGAGUUUGCUGAUCUGUAUGCUGUGAAAUGGAGCUUUUUGAUGGUUCCUCCAUUGACGAUCAUGAUGGUGAAUAUGAUUGCGAUUGCGGUGGGGCUUGCGAGGACUCUGUACAGUCCAUUUCCGCAAUGGAGUAAGCUUGUUGGAGGAGUGUUCUUCAGCUUUUGGGUGCUUUGUCAUCUGUAUCCGUUUGCUAAAGGAUUGAUGGGAAGAAGAGGCAGAGUUCCGACGAUAGUGUUUGUGUGGUCAGGUUUGUUGUCGAUUAUUGUGUCUUUGCUUUGGGUUUAUAUUAACCCUCCUUCAGGGAAACAGGACUAUAUGCAGUUUCAGUUCCCUUGAUUUUCUUUGUUUGUGGUACAAGGCAUGAAAAUUCUUCUUUCUAGGCUUCAUGUUUGUAAUCAGAUAUUAUAAUUACGAUUUUUCAAAGUAAAGUCUCAAUUUCUUACUUUGUUAA